AUGAACAUUCAAGAAUUACUGAUAAUUGGUGAUUCAGACUUGUUGAUUCAUCAAGUUCGAGGAGAAUGGGCCGUGAAGAUUCCUAAAAUCUUACCUUACGUACAACUGGUACGAAGGUUAUGUAAAAGAUUUAAGAAGACCGAGUUUAGACACACCCCGAGAAUACAAAACGAGUUUGCUGAUGCUCUCGCAACCAUAUCCUCCAUGAUACAACACCCAGAAAAGAGUUACAUUGAUCCACUUGAGAUAGGUUUAAAAGAACAACCAGCGCAUUGUUUACAUGUGGAAAAGGAAUCGGAUGGAAAUCGAUGGUAUAUCGAUGUGAAAAGGUACUUAGAAGCUGGCAAAUACCCAGAAAAAUCAAAAGGCAGCCAAAAGAAAACAAUUCAAAGAAUGACAAACAACUUCUUUUUGAAUGGGGAGAUUCUUUAUAGGAUGACUCUUGAUCUGGGAUUACUACGAUGUGUGGAUGUUGUAGAAGACACAAAAUUGCUGGAAGAAGUGCACGCUGGAGUGUGUGGGACGCAUAUGAAUGGGUAUACAUUAGCAAAGAAAAUCUUAAGGGCGGGAUACUUCUGGAUGACUGUGGAAAAUAAUUGUGUUCGAUUCGUUCCAUGGGGCAUGGAUGUCAUUGGACCAAUUGAGCCUGCUGCCUCCAAUGGUCAUAGGUUUAUUUUGGUCGCCAUUGAUUAUUUCACGAAGUGGGUCGAAGUCGCUUCCUAUAAAGCCGUGACGAAGAAAGUUGUGACUGAUUUUUUUCACAAUAAUUUGAUAUGUCAUUUUGGAGUUCCUGAGUCUCUCAUCACGGACAAUGGUGCAAAUCUUAACAGUCACUUGAUGAAAGAGAUAUGUGAAAAAUUCAAAAUUACCCACCGUAAUUCAACUGCAUAUCGUCCUCAAAUGAAUGGAGAUAUGGAAGCUGCCAAUAAGAACAUCAAGAGGAUAUUGAGAAAGAUGAUUGACAACUACAAAUGUUGGCAUGAAAAUUUGCCUUAUGCCUUGCUAGGUUAUCGCACCACAAUUCGAACUUCAACUGGAGCAACUCCGUAUUGGUUAGUAUACGAAACAGAGGCAGUGAUACCGGAUGAAGUUGAAUACCAUCUUUGA